GUCCAAUAAAUAACAUCCCUCUCUCUUUCCUUGGAGAAAAUCCCGCGAGGAAGAGAUCGAACCAACCCCCCGCGUCCGUCGACGAAACCGCCGCCGCCUUGUUCCAACGGAACGAAGCACACGCCCGCGGUUGACGAGCGCGAUUCCUCCGGUUCGUCGGUAUGGCUUCAUCCCCACCCCCUUCAAUUCGCUACGAUUUGCUGCUUGUAUUCUUUCUCCUGCUCUUGCCUUCUCUUUUCUUUCGUCCCCGUGUGUUGUGUUACCCGUUUCGCUCGGUAAAGAUCGCCGGACUCGCCUCGACCCGCAGUGAAGAUCUCCCCGGAGGGCGGACGCCAUCGGCUCCUUCACGUAAGAUCACAUCAUGACGAGUAACACCGACAAGGAAAAGGUCGAUGCCAUGCCGAUGCCGGACAGCAAGCGUAUGAAGGCGGCCGUAGUCGUGCCCGGCCUCAGGGCGACGGUGGCGGAGGACAGCAUGACGGAGGUGCUGCUGCGGCUCCCCGUCAGGUCCGUGGCCAGGUGCCGCGCCGUCUGCCGCUCCUGGGCCGCGCUGCUCUCCUCGGACGAGUUCUGCGCCCUCUACCGUGCGGUCGCCGGCCUGGCGUCGCCAGCGCCCAAGCUGCUGCACUUCUCCCCCACCGCGGGGUUCGACGCCACGGCGGCCUACGCGCGCCCGCUGUCGCCGUCGCCGGGCCCUACGGACGACGACGAGCGGCUGUUCACCCUCAACUACGCCCGCGGCAACCGCGUGGAGGUGCUCACGCCCGCGCCGUGCCACGGCCUCACCCUGCUUUACGACGCCAUCGCGAGGGCCUACUACGUCUGCAACGCGGCCACGCGGGCCGUCGCGCGCCUGCCGCCGUCGGACGAGGCGGCGCCGGCACACUGGCGCAGCUGCAGCACCGGGCUGGGGUUUGACGCCCGGACGCGGGUGCACAAGGUGGUGAGGCUGGUCAGAGGGGCGUACCCGCCCCGCGGGCCGCGGCAGGAGACGAUCAGGUGCGAGGUGCACACGCCUGGAGCAGCCGGCGGUGACCGCUGCUGGAGGCCGCCCGCCUCCGGAGGGGUGCCCUUCGGGCUGCGCAGGGCCGCGGCCUCCGCCGUCGCCAACGCCGACGAGCAGAGGCUGGCGCCCGUGUUCGCCGGCGGGUACCUGCACUGGUUGAUCGAGCCUCACAACGUCUUCAGCAGGCCGAGGUGCGCCAUCGUGCUCUUCUCCGUCGCCGAAGAGACCUUCGGAUGCGUCCGGGAGCCCUACUUCCCUCCACCAGAUGUUCGGCCGAAUCACCACCUCCCGUUUCCCGGAGGUAUCGUCGCCAUGCCCCGUCCCGAGGCGCCGGCGGGGCACCUGGCGGCGAUGGACGACCGGCUGUGCCUGGUCCGGGACCUCCGCGGCGAUCCUUACAACAGCGCUCUCGAGAUCUGGCGGCUGCUUGACUACACCUCCGGCGAGUGGUCCCUCGACCACUGGAUCGACCUAUCAUCGCACCCCGCGAGGAGAGAGCUACGCGACCCGCAGACCGUGAGAGUCAUCGGCUUCGUCGGCAAUGGCGGCGGGCCAGGGGAGAAGAAGAUGGUCAUCACCACCUGCAAGCACAAGGUGCUCGAGAAGUUCGAGAAGAAGGUGCUCACCUACGACCUCGGGUCCCAAGCUCUGGAGACCAUCCUCACAACCACAGCCAUGGAUACGAACACGUCGUGGAACGGAUACGGCAAGCCACCUCCUUCAAGGUUCAGCAUAUUUGAAGAAGAGUGCAUUGCGCCGGUGCACAAGACGGGGGAGGAGAUGGCGCUGUCGUCUGCUCCGGCGAAGGCGGCGAGAGAGAUCCUGCUCCGCCUCCCGGCGAAAUCGGUGGUGCAGUGCAAGGUGGUCUGCAAGCAGUGGCUCGGGCUGAUCGAGAGCGAGAGCUUCUUCCAGGCCUACUCUGAAUACAGGAACAUGGGCAGAAGGCCGAAGCUCAUGCUCGUGGGCAAGGGCGCCGGCGGGCAGUCGGCCUUCGGCUUCGCCCCCUUCUAUCCAUGGCUCGGAGCCGGAGAAUCUCCGGCGGCUUCUGGCCAUGGCGGCACGUUGCUUGACGAGAAGGUGGUCUGCUCCAAGCCCUGCCGCGGGAUGAACCUGGUGAGCACGGCGACGCGCGACUACCUCUACAAACCCGGCCACCGGCUUCCACAAAUCCUACCCCAAUACCAGAAUCCCGAGGAUGCACGAAGAGGUCGCCGGCAGGAGCGUCGGCCUGACCUUCGACCCGCUGUCGCGCCAGCACGCGCUGGUGGAGAUCGUGUACCGCGCCAGGGACUUCAGCUCCCGCCGUUACUUCGCGGUGAGCGCGAUCCUGCGGUGCGGCAACUACGGGCACCACUCCCGGGACUACGUGCUGGCGCCGCCGCCCCUGCCGGUGGCGGACGACGCGCCGCCGGCCUGCGUCGGCGGGGUGCUGUACUGGAUGAGCGACCCGCGGCUGGGGCGGAGCCGCGAGCGGGCCGUCGUCUCGUUCGACGUGGCCACCAGGGCGUUCGACGUCGUGCCCUGCCCUCCGUGCAUUGCGGCGUGGAGCGGCAUCACCAGCCCUCGCCGCGCGUCCGUGGCGGAGCUCGGGGGAGCGCUGCACGCCGUCCUAGCGGACCCGGCGGCGAACAGCCUGGACGUGUGGAGGCUGGAGCGCGGCGGCGGGUGGGGCAGGGCGUGCGUGAUACGUUUGGACGGUGCGCCGCCGGGGUACGACCUCGGGGCGAACGACGUGGUGCCGCUGGCCGUGGACCCGGACGACGGGAGGGUCGUGCUGAGCGCCGGGAGGAGGAUCGGGCUGUAUGAUCCGGCCGAGCAGACGGUUCGGGAUCUGCGCUCGCUGGAGGGGACGGAGGAUGGAGCGGCGGCGCUGGUUCCGAUGGUGUACGAGGAGAGCUUGGCCUGCUAUCCUUGCCGCCGGGCCAGAGCAAGACGGCUGUCGCAGAGCUGAUACACAC